AUGAAGGGCAAGCUCUUGUUCUCGAUGCUGGCCCUCCUCGGGCUCAGCCAAGCGCAGAACUCCACCUUCCAAAACCCAAUCAUCAGCGGCUUCAAUCCGGAUCCAAGUUGUAUCUUCGUUCCUGAACUUGACAAUACGUUCUUCUGCGCAACGUCAAGCUUCCUCGCGUUCCCGGGUCUACCAAUCCACGCAAGUCGAGACCUGAUCCACUGGAAACAUGUCUCGAACGCCUUCAGCCGAGCAGACCAGCUUCCCGGCAUGGCAUUUCUACCAAAAGCCACAAGUGGGAUCUAUGCACCCACUCUCCGCUUCCAUCAAGGCAUCUUUUAUCUACUCUGUACACUAGUUAAUCAACAGCUACCAAGGACGAACGAUAGCCGAUGGGACAACUUCGUUCUCACGGCAACAGACCCUUACAGUUCAGAUGCCUGGUCCGAUCCUGUCCACUUCAGCUUCCCGGGCUUCGAUCCCUCACCGUUUUGGGAUGACGACGGCAAGACAUACGUCUCAGGCGCUCACACCGCAGCCUACUACCCUGGUAUUAUGCACGCACCACUAGACCUCGAGACUGGUGAGAUUGGAGACAUCAUCAUGCCCUGGAACGGUACGGGUGGACGAUCCCCUGAAGCACCGCACAUCUGGAAGCGAGAUGGCUACUACUACCUCCUCCUCGCUGAAGGUGGUACGCGCGAGAAUCACAUGGUCACGAUGGCACGUUCACGAAACUUGACCGGCCCCUACGAGCCUGCACCUGGGAACCCUCUUCUAACUUCAGCGAACAACACAAGCUCAUACUUCCAGGCCGUCGGACAUGCAGAUCUCUUCCAAGAUGCCAAGGGUCAAUGGUGGUCCGUCGCUCUGGCGGUUCGUGCCGGCGGCACAUACGGUCAGGAUCCAGGGGCUUACUUUGGAAACCUGCCGAUGGGUCGAGAAACCGUUCUCACGCCAGUCACAUGGAAUGAAGGGGAGUUCCCUGUCUUCACACCUGUCACGGGCGAUAUGUCCGGUUGGCCGCUACCGUCCGAAGCUAUUCCCGAGCAAGGCGAAGGACAGCUCAGUGAUGCAGAUGAUGCCGUCACCUUUCCUCCUGGCAGCAAACUUCCGAUUCACUUCGUGCACUGGCGUCUGCCCAAAUCAAGGAACUAUGCCGUCUCACCUCCGGAGCACUGGAAUACUCUCGCACUCAAAUCAUCAGUUCUCAACCUCACAGCAUUUGACGCAGAUUUCGCGUUGGGACGGGGACAGACUUUCAUCGGACGCCGCAUGGUACACUCUCUGUUCCGUUUCCGUGUGGAUGUCGACUGGUCGAAGUCACUCACAAAGGAAGAGAUGGAAGUCGGUGUAUCAGCAAUCCAAGACCAGGCGCAACACUUUGACUUGGGUAUCGUCAUGCUCAAAUCCAAUGGAAGUCAAGAUCUGCGACCACACCUUCGUUUCAGGGGUAUCUCAGAGACACCCUACCGAGCAAUGGAGAACCCUCCAAACCAAGUGUUCCCUCUGCCUGACGGGUGGGCUGGACAGAAGCUUGCUCUUCAGAUCGAGGCGAUCAACAGCACGCACUUUGCCUUCUCGGCCGGACUUGCUGGAUCAGGAGAGAACUCAGAGAUGAGAGUAUUUGGAUAUUGCAAGGGCACUGAGUUGGUACCGUACUACUCUGGGGUCGUCUUGGGUGUCUACGCUACGUCGAACGGGAAGCAUGGAGAGCAAGCAUUUGAGACGUACAUCUCUAAUUGGAGGUACACCGGUGUGCGGCAGUUGAGAAGCCAAGAGGAUGUGGACGAUGCUGACGGGCCUAGAGGUCGGUGA